AUGAAACAAAGUUCCGAAUAUGACGAUCACGUUCUAAAUUACAAUUUGUCAUCAAGUGUAAGCAAUGGUACGCCCGUAUGGAAUUGGCUGAUCAACGACAGUACGAAAGAAGCAGUACAUUUGUUUUACAAAAAUUCUAUUAAAGGAAGAAAUACAUCGUAUCCUUACUUUAGUGGCGAUACUGCGCGUUCGUUCGCUGAUCUCGUUUUCGAUGAAACAACAGAUAUUCUGGGAUGGAGAAGAAGUAUUCAAAAAAUGUCAGCAGGAGCAAUUGUGUUUUUGAAGACUGAUUAUAUGAAAGAAUUUUUUACAUUAUUCGACAAGAUAAAGGUGCCGUUUGUACUAAUUACCCACAACAGCGAUAAAUCAGCACCAGGAAUAUAUAAAACAUUUUUGUCAAAUACAAAACUAUUAGCUUGGUUCUCACAAAAUCCCGAUACAAUACAUCCAAAAUUGCACCCAAUGCCAAUUGGUAUUUCAAAUAAUCGUUGGAUGUCAAAAAACAUCAAUGUGAUAGCGCUAUCGUUCAACAAAUACCGGCGUCCAUUUGCUGAUAGACAGAAUUUGUUAUAUGUGAAUUUCAAACCGCUAACAAAUAGAGAUGCACGCAUAAAAGUUCUAGAAUAUGCUAAAAAAAUUCCUAAUGCUCAUAUUGUAAAACGCGCGCCAUUAUCAAAGUAUCUGGAAGAUUUGGGAAAUUCUAAAUUUGUUUUAAGUCCAUCAGGAAAUGGUAUUGAUUGUCAUCGUACAUGGGAAGCAUUACUAAUGGGUGCAGUACCCAUUAUCAUGAAGUCGACUUUAGAUCCUUUGUUUAAAAACAUUCCAGCCAUAGUCAUUCAAUCGUGGACUGAAGUAACAGAAAAGUAUCUUUUGUCAUUCAAUUUUAAUCAUUUUGAUAAUACUACUGCAAGUAUUUUAUUUGCAAAAUAUUGGUAUUUAAGGCUGCUAUCGUUUACAAACAGGACUUAUCCACUAGAGCCGCGAUUGACUAUUGUUGACUAG